CGGGGAAACUCUACGUCCGCAGAGAUAAUUUGGGGGAUGUGGUUCCCUCCAUGGAGAGAGAGGGGGGGUGAGGCAGAGAGAGAGAGGUAGACAGAGACCGAAAGUAAGCGAUUAAUAAGGAUUUUGUCCGUCUGAACGUGGCAACACGUUACAUUCUGCAGCACUCGAGCUGCCAGCUUGUGCUGCGCGCCACUGUGUAACCGAACGUACCGACGAAAAGAAACUAGACGAGUCUGUUAAUGGCUAAGGUUUGUUCAACACGUUAACACAAAUUUGGUGUUGCUGAAUUGUCGAAUUACAGAAAUACCUUCUGACAAUUCACGUGCGGUCGGUGACUCACGGAAGCGCGCGGCGCUGUCCCAGGUGCUGAAACACCCCAGUGUUGCGUUUCUGCGGCAACCAACGACCAAGUUUACACCGCGAGCACCGAUUUCCAAUAAGCAGGAAAGGAGAGCAGGGGAGGAGAGAAGCCUCGCGCGGUGAAUGCUUACCAACUCUCCACCACCCGCGGAGGUGUCGGUCCCAUUAAACGCGAGUAAAUGGGAUAUUCGGUUGCCCGGGCAGGAUGUAAAGAAUUACGGUUAGAAGGAUGGGGAAACGAGGCUUCUCUGCGGCGGCACUGUCAGUGCUCGUACUGGGCUGUUGGCUCACGGUAUCGUCAGUUACAGCCGGUGACUCAUCUCUAUCGGCGCCUCUCAAUGUGACAAUCAGAGAGUUGGAGGUGAACUCUGCCAUAGUCACGUGGGACAUCCUAGAGGGGGACCCCGUCAUCGGAUUUGCCAUCACACAGCAGAAAAGGGAUGUGCGCACACUCCGGUACAUCCAGGAAGUGAACACGACCACACGCUCCUGUGCAUUGUGGGACCUGGAGGAGGACACGGAGUACAUCGUCCACGUCCAGAGCAUCAGUAUGGGCGGCAGUGGCCCUCCCAGCGACCCUGUCAGUUUCAGGACUCGCCGAGAGUCGGAGAAACUGGCCUCCACAGGCCCAGACCAGGUGAGUAAGGAGGAUAUGGAAAAGGCCGUUCAGCUCAGAGCUGGAGAGCUCAUCAUCAUCGUAGUGGUGCUCGUCAUGUGGGCAGGUGUGAUCCUCCUGUUCUGUCGUCAGUAUGACAUCAUCAAAGACAACGAGCCCAACAACAACAAGGACAAAGCCAAGACCUCUUCGGAGUGCAGUACCCCAGAGCACCAGCAGGGGGGGCUACUGCGUAGCAACGUCUAAAGCCAGCCCAGCCAGCCGCCACUCACCUGUAUGGCAAUAACAUCAUCCCAUUCCUCAGGACAGAUCCUGUGACCACCCGAAGCCAUUCUCAGACUUCAUCGCGUUAAAACACAUGCCAACCAUUCAGAACCACUCCAUUCAGCUGAUACCGAGACAUAUUAUAACCGGAUCAGAAUGAGACUGAGGACUCGUUAAUCAAUCAAGCCAGAGUCAGACGAAGGCUGAUGGUCCAUUCAACGGGAUCCGCUCGUUGUCACACUAAAAAGGGGAACUCUUUUUGUAAUCAGGGACCCCGCUUUUUCUGAAAACUUUGUGGACGAUGGGGGCCAAAAUGGCAGCCAGUCGGCAUUUGGAGCCCGGAUCAGCAACUAUAUGAGUAACAGUAUAUAAUUUCCGAUCUGAACUGAGUGUCCUGGCAUCCUUGAGGCUGGUUGGUUUGGUACCGGGCGAGAGGCCGUGUCGCUGUGUCCUUGUCUCCACAAAACAUGACGAUCACCGCUAUGAUGAUGAUGAUGAUGAGCUCUCCAGCUCCGAGCAAAGACGCCUGACGCUGUCUGUCCUCCGAUCGGCACAGCCACGGCCAGUCCUGGCAUUCCGGGAGCACAGCCAUCCAACGUCCAGACUUGGAAACCUGAAUAAGUGUAGGGUGAAGAAGUCCCUAGACGCUGGUUUUGGGUCAGUUUGGAAUCUCUCCCACUAAUGGUCAAGGUUUGGUUUGGGGGCUGGGAAGCUGAUCCAAGAUCAGUACCUAGGGUAGACCUUAACCCGGAGCACCUGGAGACGCCACAGCAGCGUGUCCAGAAACAACCCCUUGGCCCAACCUUCUACAUCCUUGUGAACACCUGGGAGUGAAAGGUAUUAAGCUUCCCUCGGAAAGAUUGCUGGUCUAGGAUCAGCAUACCGUAUAAUCUUUUCCAUAGUGAUGUGAAAGACUUAACUGAUCCUGGACCAGCAGGCUGAAAAGCUUACAUACGUACGGCCUGAGAAAGGGUAGGACAGGUGUGAGAAGCAUGGUGAAGGUUCCGUGCAGCCUUUCAUAGGACAGGUGUGAGAAGCAUGGUGAAGGUUCCGUGCAGCCUUUCAUAGGACAGGUGUGAGAAGCAUGGUGAAGGUUCCGUGCAGCCUUUCAUAGGACAGGUGUGAGAAGCAUGGUGAAGGUUCCGUGCAGCCUUUCAUAGGACAGGUGUGAGAAGCAUGGUGAAGGUUCCGUGCAGCCUUUCAUAGGACAGGUUUCAGCACGUGUUUAUGUGAAGGGGUAAGUUGUAUUUGUAGACGAAGCCUACCUCUCUCUCUUUCUCUCUGUCUGUUCAUCUCUAUUCCCCUGUUUUUCCUCUGUGUCAAUCUCUCACUGUCUUUCUUUUCCUCUCUCUGUCCCUCAAAACUCGCCGGAUUCCAGAGUCUCCUUCUGUCUGGCUCCUUUCUAUUCGACCCCAUUCUCUCCAAAGAGAUCACUGUCUCUACAAAGCACAUGAGUGUACAGUAUACAGAAACCAAACUAACAAACUGUUGUCUUGUAAUUAUGAUUAUCAUCGCGGGCAACAUUACUGCUAUGAUCGUUAUCCAGCACAUUGUUUCAGAACCCCUCCUAAAAAACCAACCUCUUUUUCAUAAGGGAUAUUACUUCCCAUCCUUUCUCGCUUUCUUCAUCCCCUCUUCUUUUGAUUUGAGGUCAAAUUACUGUAUUAAAUUACAGACACAGAGGCCUCAUUAAAAUAACCAAAUGCACCAUGAACCAGAAAGUAUUCAGCUAUUUUUUGUUUUUUUAUUGAAAUGUUUUUCCUUGGUAAAUCACACACAGUAUAUUCAUGGUCUGCAUGUUUUGUCACAAAAACUUUUGUUUUUGGGCUGACGGCCAGCCAAGCAUUCUGCUCAGUGCAUACUCAAUGGUACCUGAUGUAGAUUUGGUGUAAAGUGCAUUACUAAGGCUUGAAAACACGAUCAUCAUCUGAAAAAGGUAUAUAAUUAGUAGCUAAACCAUUUGUCAUAAAUUUAGAUGUUACUUAAUAGAUUUUAUUUGCAAUAUAACGUUAACCAGCUACUCAAUAUUCAGGGUCCACUGAGCGAGCUAACAUUGGCAUUGCAAGCUAUUUUGACUGACUUUGCUAGCUAAUAACGUGAGGUGGCAGAAAGGAAGAUGGCAGAAAGGAAGGUGAUGGGCGCAGGGAACACUGUGAUGCCACUCACGACAGGUCAGUGACAUUAAGGAUUAUGGGUGUUGCCUCCCUGAAUCAGUGAAGCAGAAAGGGGAGAGUAUAGUGGACAGACACACACACACACACACAGAAAAGCUCAGCAGUGAACAGUCAAAGUUCAGAGAGGCUUUUAAGCCCCAGUGUGUCAGAAAGGUCUUACAAUUCUGCUGUCAAAGAUAAUGUGUGUCAGAGGUUUUGAAUCUCCAGUGUGUCAGAGGUUUUAAAUCCUCAAUAUGUUAGAGGUUUUAAAUCUCCAGUGUGUCAGAUGUGUUAAUGUCCCAGUUUGUCAUAGGUUUUAUUGUCCCAGUGUGUCAUAGGUUUUAUUGUCCCAGUGUGUCAUACGUUUUAAUGCCCCAGUGUGUCAGAUAUUUUAAUGUCCCGGUGUGUCAUCAUAGGUUUUAUUGUCCCAGUGUGUCAUAGGUUUUAUUGUCCCAGUGUGUCAGAUGUUUUAUUGUCCCAGUGUGUCAUAGGUUUUAUUGUCCCAGUGUGUCAUAGGUUUUAUUGUCCCAGGGUGUCAUACGUUUUAAUGCCCCAGUGUGUCAGAUAUUUUAAUGUCCCAGUGUGUCAUAGGUUUUAUUGUCCCAGUGUGUCAUAGGUUUUAUUGUCCCAGUGUGUCAGAUGUUUUAUUGUCCCAGUGUGUCAUAGGUUUUAAUAUCCCAGUGUGUAAUUAAUUUUUAUAUCCCAGUGAGUCAUAGGUUUUUAUGUCUCAGUGUGUUAAAGGUUUUUAUGUCCCAGUGUGUCAUAGGUUUUUAUGUCCCAGUGUGUCAUAGGUUUUUAUGUCCCAGGGGGUCAAAUUUUUUUAUGUCUCAGUGUGUCAUAGAUUUUAUUAUCCCAGUGUGUCAUAGGUUUUUAUGUCUUAGUGUGUCAUAGGUUUUAAUAUCCCAGUGUGUCAUUGGUUUUUAUGUCCCAGUGUGUCAUAGGUUUUUAUGUCCCAGGGGGUCAAAUUUUUUUUAUGUCUCAGUGUGUCAUAGAUUUUAAUAUCCCAGUGUGUCAUAGGUUUUUAUGUCUUAGUGUGUCAUAGGUUUUAAUAUCCCAGUGUGUCAUUGGUUUUUAUGUCCCAGUGUGUCAUAGGUUUUUAUGUCCCAGGGGGUCAAAUUUUUUUAUGUCUCAGUGUGUCAUAGAUUUUAAUAUCCCAGUGUGUCAUAGGUUUUUAUGUCUCAGUGUGUCAUAGGUUUUUAUGUCUCAGUGUGUCAUAGGUUUUUAUGUCCCAGUGCAUCAGAAAGGUGUUGAAGCCUCAGUAUGUCAGAGAGAUCAAGAGAUGGCAUUUACGUCCCAUUGCCAUCAUCCAUUCAGCUAAUAAUAAAACCCCCAAACCAACAGCCUUUCUCCUCCUCUGGCUGCACCUCACCCCACUACUCCUCUGUCCCUCUGCCUAAUCAACCCUCAAUCUCUCCUCCCAUUUCAUACUCCAUCGCCCUGAAAAUCAUCUCUUUUUCCUUCUCUUUUCUCCUGACUCAACCUCUCCAUCUCGUCCAGCAACCCCUGACAACCAUCUCUCUCCCCCCUCAUUUAUCAUCCUGCUCUCCAUUUCUCCCUCCCUGGCAGAGACCGUAUUUCUCCACUUUAAUGACGGAUAAUUACUCCUCCUCGCUGGCACAGAGGAGAGUGAUGGAUGGAAAGAUAAAGGGGAUAAAGGGAUUGGCAGAGGGAGGGGUAAAGGAGGAAGAAAGGGACGAAGAAAAGGAUGCAGAGAGGUUGGGAAGAAGUGCAGCGGAGGUUGAAGAGAUUUGUCUGGUGCCACUUUGUCAAACACAGAAGCAGGAGGAAUGAGGUGAAAGAGACUAUCUCUCCUGCAUAACCACUCGUUAUCGUUAUCACUCUCCUGCAUUAUCACGCCCCUGCUAUAUCACUCGCAUGCUUUAUCCCCCUACCACUCUUGUUGCUGUUUUAUCACUGUCCUGCUACAUGUUACUACAGGUCUCCUGUUCCAUUUCUCUGGCUGUGUCACUCCAUCACUCUCCUGUUCUCACUCUCUUGCUCUGUCAGAAUCACUCUCCUGUUCUGUCCCUGUAUCACUCCUGUUCUAUCACUCGAUCACUCUCCUGUUCUAUCGCUCUCCUGUUCUAUUGUUCUCCUGUUCUAUUUUCCUCCUGCUUCAUCAUCCAGUCUAUUGUGUCUGAGGAACCAAUGACUACCAAAAACACAUGGGGGGGAAGGAAGACACACUUAUGGGGAGGGAGAAUGACAUGAAAAGUGAGAAAUAGAGACAGCAUUGAGAGAAAAGAAAGAGGGAAGGAAAGACAAAGGAAGAGAGUGGGAGGGAAAUGAUUUUCAACAGUGGCAAUGAGCCUCUGCAGCAAGACAGUCACAAUAUUUCCAAGCAAUGUACUGCUACAUUACCCUCAGCUAUUAUACAGGAGCAAAAAACGUCUAGCCUGAGAUGGCCAGCAACACACACACACACACACAGUCGAGCCAGUGAUUUGAAUUAGGACUCUUCUGGGGCCCAUGCAAAUAUAAAAUACCUCCUUCCUACAUUUUUUUAAUCAGUUAACGGUAUCUGUGGGAUUGGCUGCUUAAAAGGAUCUUUUGCUCAAAAUGAAUAUUUUUGUACUUUGUUAGUCAACUGAUGUUAUUAAUGUUGGUACCUCAGGAGUAGCCUAAUCACAGAGCCCCUGUACAUUUGUAUAUAUUUGGUUGUUUCAUUUUUUAACUAUUAUUUUUUUUUUUUAUCAACUGUUUUGUUUCUGAUAACAUAAAGUUUGAAUGCAUACUUGGUAUUUCUGUGCCAGAGAUUUGCAGAUUGAUGACAGGCCGAAAUUAUUUACCUUGACUAGUUAUUGCUUGCUAACUGGCUAAUGUUUUUGUUUGAAGAAUGCAUCUGGUCACAGUACCUGCUUUUUGUAUCACAUCACAACCAGUCCUGAUCUUUUGAGAACACAUAACUAAAGCAUGAGCUAAGGAAGAGGAGGAACACGUCAGUGCUGAGGAAGAGGUAGCGGACAAAGGUGUUGAUUGAGGAUAACUAGCUACUAUUCAAAGAUUUCCGGGAGCUAUCUUGUGCCCAUAACUGCUAAAGCAUCAUCUUAAGAGGGACAACACUGAAAGAAAGAGGGGGCCAGCAGCUAUAAGACCCGAGGGACCUACCUUCUAAAAGAUUAUCAGCAGUGCCUAACAACAUUAUCUUCUAACAACUUAUCUUCUAACCUCCCUCCUCACCUGACCCUCUCCGUCUACUGACCAAUUCUCCCUUCUCACCUGACCCUCUCCAUCUACUGACCAAUCCUCCUUUCUCACCUGACCCAUUCUCCCUUCUCACCUGACCCUAUACAUCUACUGACCACUUCUUCCUUCUCACCUGACCCUAUCUGUCUACUGGCCAAUUCUCCCUCCUCACCUGACCCUGUCCAUCUACUGACCAAUUCUCCCUUCUCACCUGACCCUCUAUGUCUACUAACCAAUUCUCCCUUCUCACCUGACCCUCUAUGUCUACUAACCAAUUCUCCCUUCUCACCUGACCCUCUCCAUCUACUGACCAAUUCUCCCUUCUCACCUGACCCCCUAUGUCUACUAACCAAUUCUCCCUUCUCACCUGACCCUCUAUGUCCACUGACCAAUUCUCCCUUCUCACCUGACCCUCUACGUCUACUGACCACUUCUCUAGUCCCCAACAUGUACAGUUCCCUCCAGAACUAUUGGCCCCCUAUAAAAGUUCACUGCUGUUUAUUGGGUAAAACACUCCAAAUAUAUAAAUAAUCUAACCUUUAUUUGGGGUAAAAUUGUUUAAAGAAAAUAAUUGUGUCAAAACGUAUUAUUGGCACCUCUAGGAUUUUUUUCUUGGAAUAAUUUUACUUCAAUAAAAACUACAUAUCUCACAUAUUUUGAUAGUUAGAUGAAUGUAAGAAACAACAAUUACAUUUUUCAUAGACUUUUCUGAUCAUCUUUACCAGAGUCCCAGUUAUAAUUCUAGACUCUGGGAUUCCUUCAUACCUUCCCUGUAAAUCCCAUUUGACAGUAAACCCUUCACUGAAUGACAGAGCCAGAACCUUUACAGUCUACACCACAAAGUAAGACUUUAAUAAAGCUGGAGUGUGUGAGGCGGGGAGUCAGUAUGAAAUCCCAUUUUCACUAAGUCCCAGUGGCAUGACUAAGUGAAAACAUGUUUAAAAAAAAAUACUUUAUUUCCGGCCUGCUUGUUUAAGUUGACAGGACAGUUAGAGGUGAGUUUGUUUUGCACUGGGAGAUCAUUGUAACAAUUCCAACCCAGGAUGCACAUUGGCCCCGGAGGCCAAAGUUAAGACCACCCUCGACCAUCCUGUACAGGGAGACACUCCCCUACCUUGGUCUCAGCAAUUGGGGUGUCCCAAUUGGAACCGUGUUCCCCAAACAUCCACUACAUACUACUUUUGACCAGGGCACUAUGGGUCCAAGCGUCUGCACUAUUCAGGAAAUAGGGCACCAUUUGGGAUUCAGACGGUGUGCUGUGUCCUGAGCCAUAGAAGGCUGGACCCAGACACUCGGUGCUGAAGACGCGUGAACACACCGGAGACAACGCAAAAGGACCUAUGGAGAGGAAUGAGGAACAAGGUCUGAUGAACCAGACAAUGCGGUCUCUCCCUCUGUUCUCUCUCACCUCUCUCCCCCCAUUCUCCCUCUCUCCAUGAUCUCUUCUUCUG